UGUUCCUCAUCCCUUUCUCCGCCCGCUCUUUCUCACCCUCACUCUCAUUCUUUCUUCUUGCCUUCCCUUUACCCUUUGGAUUAUUCUUUUGUCCUUUCUCUUGUGACAGCGAUAAUCCCCUUCCUCUCUUCUUGCCACCAAUUUCAUUCAACUGAAAAAAAAAAAAAAAAGAAAAAGAAGGAAACAACAAUGUGCGGAAUCACUGCUCUUCUCCUUGCUGAUCACAACCUGAUGGCCAGCCCUGAAUUGCAUGAGGGCCUUGGCAUGUUGCAACAUCGUGGUCAGGAUGCUGCUGGUAUUGUUACUUGUGGAAACAAGGGUCGUUUGUACCAGAUCAAGGGCAAUGGCAUGGUCCGUGAUGUUUUUGAUCAGCCCAAGUUGGAGCAACUUAUUGGAAGCAUGGGUGUUGGUCAUGUUCGCUAUCCUACUGCUGGAUCAUCAUCAAUGUCAGAGGCCCAACCCUUCUAUGUCAACAGUCCCUAUGGAAUCGUCUUUGCUCAUAACGGCAACUUGGUGAAUGCGGAUGAGCUUCGUACCUUUCUCGACCAGGAUGCGCAUCGUCACAUCAAUACCGAUUCCGACUCGGAGCUGUUACUCAACAUCUUUGCCAACAAUCUCCAAAAGACUGGCAAGUUCCGUAUCAAUGAGGAAGAUAUCUUUACUGCCAUCAAAGGUAUCUUUGAUGUUUGUCAUGGAGGAUACGCCUGCGUUGCCAUGAUUGCUGGAUUCGGAAUCAUUGGUUUCCGUGAUCCUCAUGGUAUUCGUCCUAUUGGUUUUGCUAAACGCCAGUCACCCAAGGGUACAGAUUACAUGUUUGCUUCAGAGAGUGUUGUGUGUGAUGGAUGCAGCUUUACGGAUUUCGAGGAUCUCAGACCUGGCGAGGCUGUCAUUGUUAACAAGGCUGGCCUUGUCAGCCGUCGUGAGUUGGUUCCAGAUGCCAACUUUUCCCCUUGCAUUUUUGAAUACGUUUACUUCUCUCGCCCUGAUUCCAUCAUUGAUGGGAUCUCGGUCUACAAGUGCCGCUUGGCCAUGGGUGAGGCUUUAGCGGACCAGGUCUUGAAGAAGCUUGGCCCCGACCACGAUGUCGAUGUGAUCAUUCCUGUCCCCGAUACGAGUCGUGUGGCUGCUCUUCAGACAGCAUACAAGUUGGAUAUCACCUAUCGUGAAGGAUUCAUCAAGAACCGGUACAUUGGACGCACGUUCAUUAUGCCUGGUCAGGCAAUGCGCAAGAAGACGGUUCGACGGAAGUUUAAUGCAAUGGCAUUGGAGUUUGCGGGCAAGAACGUGUUGAUUGUAGAUGACUCGAUCGUCCGUGGCACAACAUCCAAGGAGAUUGUGCAGAUGGCUCGUGAUGCUGGAGCAAAGAAGGUCUAUCUUGCAUCCUGUGCACCCGCCAUCAGAUACCCCAAUGUCUAUGGCAUUGACAUGCCUACUCCCAAGGAGCUUAUUGCCCACGAUAAGGACGAUGACGAGAUUGCUGAGGCUCUUGGUGUUGACAGAGUCAUUUUCCAGAAUAUUGAGGGAUUGAUUGCAUCCUGCCGAAAGUUCAAUCCUAGCAUCAAGUCCUGGGAUGCAUCUGUGUUCGACGGCAAGUAUAUCACUGGCAAGGUGGAUGACGCGUACCUCCAACAUUUGGAGGAUUUGAGAUCAGAUGCAAAGAAGGACAAGGUUGAGGAUACUCAGAGCCCAGAAACUCUUGGACUCUACAACUUCAAUUUGCAAUUGAAGUAAGUAAAAAAAAAAAAAUUGGAUGAAGAGAAUCGAUCUCCUUUUCUCAGUUAUUCUUUCCUUUUCUCGUUUUCUCGUUUUCUCGUUUUCUUUGUAAUUAUUUCACAUCUGUUCAAGAUAUUAUGCACAUACACAUACAUACACUCACUCACUUUACUGUUGUUCUUUAUUUUAUUUAAACAAGUAACCCUGAGUUAAGGACUUGAAAUGGGUCAUAAAUUACUUUGCAUAUUUAAAGAUAACGAUCCCAUUCACUUUUCCAUAGACUAUAAAGAAAUAAAAUAAAAAAUAUGUUGUAUAAUAUC